AUGGCCAGUCAAUUCCUCCGUCCACAAACAAAGGGCGCAGCCAAAUGGCCUCUGGACCCUCCACCCGUAAUCGAAUUCGUCCUUCACGACAAUGACACAUCCAGAUCCUACCUGCACAGUCCAAACUGGUUCUGCUCCGUGGGCAUCGAGCCGCUGAGCUGGGAGCCACCAAAUCACGACGCUAUAGCUGGCUCUUUGACAUCAUCGCUCCACAGAGUCAAACUGCAGGACAAUAAAGAGUAUGGGUUCUUCGUUUUUGGCAAUCUCUACGCAACGUAUCCGGGAAUCUUCCGCCUCAGAUUCACGGCUUUUGAGCUGCGUACCAGUCCCGACUUCGUCUAUGCAGCCAAGCUUACUUCAGUAUAUUCUCUCCCGUUCGAAGUCCGAAUUUCCAAAGUCCCAACGCCACUUCGCGGGUCGACUCUUUUGUCCAGAAAAUUGAGUGAAGCAGGAGUUAAACUGAGACUACGAAAGGAGCCGAGGAGGCGUAGGAGUCAACAGACGGACUGGUCGGCCGAUCAAAGAUCACAAGCUGUGAUCCCCACGAGUGCCUUGUCUCCACCAAAUGGAAUAAUGCCUCCCUCACUCUCCAACGGCCAGUUCACGAUGCCGCCCGGUUUGAAUGGCGGGGAAAUUCUCUCUCAUCGUCUGUCCUACCAAAGAGCUGGUCCUUUAGGCAUGACAUAUCAUCCCAGUAUAAAUAUGAGCCCGCCAAUAAGUCCACCCUCAGCCUCCAUACCCACCACCGACAUAACCGCCGUUGACAACAACAUGUUCCCAGCCAUUCAGUGGCAGAGUGUCCACUAUCAACAAUGGAGUCUAUACCUACAGGGGCCCGACUAUCAACAUUGUAGUCAAUAUCAGGACGCGGGUCAAUAUCAGCAAAACGGUCAGUCCCAACAUAUAGGCCAAUUUCAACAAGGUGGUCAAUGUCAACAGGGGAGCCAAUACCAAGCACUACAGAGAAUUACCCCUGCUACUGCAGAGACGAACAUGUGGCCAGAGAAUGAUCGUGAUUUGAGAGCCAUAGGCUGGACGAAUCCCCAAGAAGACGAAGAAGAAUGUGGAGAAAAUGGUUCCUGA